GUCUCCAUCACCAACUCCAGCGCCUCCCAGCUGCCCCCUCUGUCUGAAUGGGAGGCGCCCGCGUUCACCCUGGCCGCCCAGUUCCGCGUGGGGGCCACCCUGGUGCUCUUCCUGUUUGCGGCCGUCAGCAACCUGGCCCUCCUGAUCAGCGUGUCCCGCGGCCGGGGGCGACGCCUGGCUUCCCACCUGCGUCCGCUCAUCAUGAGCCUGGCAUCGGCCGACCUCAUGAUGACAUUUGUGGUCAUGCCACUGGACAUGGUGUGGAAUGUGAUGGUGCAGUGGUACGCGGGCGACGCCAUGUGCAAGCUGCUCUCCUUCCUCAAGCUCUUCGCCAUGCAGGCGUCAGCCUUCAUACUGGUGGUCAUCAGCCUGGACCGCCACCACGCCAUCCUGCACCCGCUGGACUCCCUCAAUUCCAACCAGCGCAACAAGAGAAUGCUGGUGCUGGCAUGGACCCUCAGUCUGCUGCUGGCCUCCCCACAGCUGUUCAUCUUCCGAGCCAUCAAGGCUGAGAAAGUGGACUUCACCCAGUGUGUCACACAUGGAAGUUUCCGGGAGCGAUGGCAAGAGACCGCCUAUAACAUGUUCCACUUCGUCACGCUCUACGUCAUACCGCUCCUGGUCAUGAGCUUCUGCUACACCCGAAUUCUCAUCGAGAUCAAUCGGCAGGUCCACAAAAACAAAGGAGGUGAGUCAUGUCUGAGACGAAGUGGGACGGACAUGAUCCCCAAGGCCAGGAUGAAGACGCUGAAGAUGACCAUCAUCAUCGUCAUGUCGUUCGUGGUGUGCUGGACGCCCUACUACCUGCUGGGAAUCUGGUACUGGUUCCAGCCGGAGAUGCUGAAGGUGACCCCGGAGUACAUUCACCACAUCCUCUUCGUCUUUGGGAACCUCAACACCUGCUGCGAUCCAGUCAUCUACGGCUUGUACACGCCCUCCUUCCGUGCCGACCUGGCACGCUGCCUGCGCUGCUGCCGCCGUCCGGACGCCUCCCCGCGCUCGCUGGACCGCCUGUCCGCCCGUCAAGGACCCCACAGCGGGGAGCAGGAGUCGGACGCCCCCAGUGUGAAAUGCCCGGAGUAGAUUUCAUACUUCAUGAUUAUGGAUAUAAAUGAUGGAGCGUAGAGUUGUGCAGUUAUUACAGAACAUAAGACACAACUCUGAAGUUUCUUCAGUCUUCAUAGAGGGAAAAGCAAACAAACAGGAAUUACCAAAAGGAGAGAUUCUUACCCAUGGCAUAUGUUUUCCCAAUGUAGAAAUGAAGAAGAAGGGUCUAAACACAGUAGUCCAGCACACUGUCCACUAUUUUUAUAAAAGGAUCUCCUUUAGGAUCCACCUCUAACUUUGAGUGUUUACUCCUUGAUGGCCUAAAGAGUUGCACAGACUGAGGAAACACUGCGGAAUAAGUGAGCAUAUUUAUAUCCUGCUUUACAGCAGCAUCUGGUCAAAGCUUAGCUGCACUAAGUUGUUGUUUUUUAGACAGUUACAUUGGGUCGCACCAUUCAGGUUGUCUGUGGUUGUAGGAGCCAUGUUUGUAUUGUAUGAGCCAAGAUUGAAGGUCAAUAUUUGAUUCAUUUGCAAUAACACUUGCAUGGAUGUACUGUAUGACCUGUGAAAUGUGUUCAUGUGUUUGAAAUGUAGCUUUCAAACAUACAUGCAGUACAUGAAUGUACCAACUGCUCUAAUGUUUCAGUGUCUCUUAAAUCACAAUCUAAUCCAAAUGUUACAGAUCCUUAAACCACAUGGGAAACAUUUUAAUUUAUUCACCUCCACAUUUAGCGCCUCACUGUACAUGGCUGAAGAUUAAUUGAAUAUCCCUCACUCCAGAGACAGAUUCAUUUUGAAUCAUUCAGGUAAGAAAGAUUCCCUUUGUUGAAGAUUUCCCCCAUACAUAUUCUGUGAACUACAGCACAUGUCAUUUCUCUGUUUGUCUGGCACUGCUGCCUUUAAUAGAUGAAAGAAGAACCUGGUAUGAUUUUAUGAAUUUAAAAUUGCUCUUUUUUGUGUUGCUCUUGUAAAACAGAGGAUGGAUAUCAAAUGUAAUUCCUUGUGAAGCAAUCCCUCCCUUUGACCUCCGUUAUCGGCCUUACAGUGACCGAGAAAGCACAUUGAUUUAUUGAUUAAUAGACUCUGUGCAACUGAUUUAAUUGACAGCUGUCUUACUUCUGUUCUAGUCAGAUUAUACUGACAUUGACUUGAAUGGAAGGCACUGGUGUUUUGACUUUGAAUUCAAAUGCAGGGGAAUCCUCUCUUCACAUUAUCUGUAUUUUUAUGCCAUGCAUGUUUAUGACUGACAUGCUUAAAUUACAUUUAUUUAAGAACGAGUUAUAUAUGUAUAUAUAUAUAUAUAUAAAUAUAUGCACAUGAUUUAUAUUUGAAAUUACAGUAUU